AUGGAACAAGAGCUCAGUAUUAGGUGUCUUCAGGCCUUAAAGUCAUUGAAUGGAAAGCAUAAAAGAUCUUCAAAAAGUUACUCUGACUCGCCUAUUGGCAGUUCCAAUGAUUUGUUCUCCAUUGUGAGGGGAGAAGAGAGAACUGGUCUUGUCCAGAUGCUUGGCUUAGGGCCUACACCAAGCGAUGUUUGGGGGCCCUCUCCUAGUAAAGCUGAACUGAUUAAUAAUGCCAAAAAAUCUGAUGAGGAGGCACAUGCUGCACGUGUAGAGUUACAGGAGACCAUUUCAAAAAUGCAAGUCGACUAUGACAACAAGUUGGAAAAUUUACGAGCCAACUAUGACGACAAGUUGGAAAAUUUACAACAACAGGUGGUUAUGCUAAUGCAGAUGCAACAACAAAAUUGUAGUGGACAGGGUUCUGAUUCUUUAAAUGCUUCUCCUAGAGUAUCCCCAAAUUCAUUUUCUAGUCAUGAUGCCAAUUCAAUUAAGGGUAAUUCAAAUCAAAUGGGCAAGAAGACUUGUUGAAGUUGAAGUUAAAGCUGAAGAUGGGGUCGUGGUUAUGCAUUUUGAAUUUCCUUUGCCUUGGAAGGGUUUUUUUUGAAAAACUUGUACUACAUUUGUCAAAAAUUCUUAAUUCUUUUUGUGUGACAUUUAGUAGCUUUAUCUAGACAAUUUGGAUGGUAUUUUCAUAUUAGCAGGUUAUCUUGUGGUUGUAUUAACAUACAUUUUGGCUU